UGUCGCAUUGCACACACUGGCCGCAGCCGCCCGUUGUGUAUUCGGUGUAUACACUUUUUUCUAACUUCAUUGAUUUUUCGCCCCCGCUUUUAACACACACAUUACGGCACUCCUGACCAAAAACGACAACAACCAGUGUAAAACAGCUUAAUUGAAGUGAGCAGAAAAUGUCGGAGAGCGCGGUGCCAGCGAGCAAUGCGAACGCCAGUGAGAAAAUGGCCAGUUUGCUGAAGGAGGCGGAAAAUUUGAAAAGCAAACUGGAAGAGGAGCGCCAAAAGCUGAACGAUGUCAAUCUAUCAAAUGUCGCCGAACGCUUGGAGCAAAUCGCCUAUGUGAACAUUAAGCCACGCAAGGUGCUCAAAGGCCAUCAGGCGAAAGUUCUGUGCACCGACUGGAGUCCCGAUAAACGUCACAUAAUCUCAUCAUCGCAGGACGGACGUUUGAUCAUCUGGGAUGCAUUCACAACCAAUAAAGAGCACGCGGUGACCAUGCCAACCACAUGGAUUAUGGCCUGCGCAUAUGCGCCAUCUGGGAAUUUUGUCGCUUGCGGCGGUCUCGACAACAAAGUCACCGUUUAUCCCAUCACAUCCGAUGAGGAAAUGGCAGCCAAGAAACGCACUGUGGGCACACACACCAGCUACAUGUCAUGCUGCAUUUAUCCGAACUCGGAUCAGCAGAUACUCACCGGCAGUGGCGAUUCCACCUGCGCUUUGUGGGACGUUGAGUCCGGACAGUUGUUGCAGAGCUUUCACGGACAUUCCGGGGAUGUGAUGGCCAUUGAUUUGGCACCCAAUGAGACGGGCAACACCUUUGUGUCCGGCAGUUGUGAUCGCAUGGCCUUCAUCUGGGACAUGCGCUCCGGUCAUGUGGUGCAAUCGUUUGAGGGUCAUCAGUCGGAUGUGAAUAGCGUCAAGUUUCAUCCAUGUGGCGAUGCCAUCGCCACCGGUUCCGAUGACAGCAGCUGUCGUUUGUAUGACAUGCGAGCGGAUCGUGAGGUUGCCGUCUUUGCCAAGGAGAGCAUCAUCUUUGGCGUCAAUUCGGUGGACUUUUCGGUUAGUGGACGUUUGCUCUUCGCUGGCUAUAACGAUUAUACGGUUAAUUUGUGGGACACAUUGAAGUCGGAGCGCGUCUGCCUGUUGUAUGGCCAUGAGAAUAAGGUGUCGUGUGUGCAAGUCUCACCCGAUGGCACAGCGCUCUCCACCGGCAGCUGGGAUUAUACCAUACGCGUCUGGGCUUAAGCUCGCUAUCCCAAAUCCUGCAAUAUUGCAUCCUGCAUUCUCCAAAAGAUACCAAAGAUGAAUACGAAUUGUAAUUGUAAAUGUGUGAAACUGGAUUGGAGGAUGUAUGUUAAACAUUUCCACCUACCUACUGAGCUGUUUUCCGUGCCCUGGCAGAGAGAUUUGAAACUCUUUUCGUCCGUCUGGUUUUGAAAGUGAUUAACAGUUUAUUUUUGAAGCAAUCAACUGCAUUGAAUCUCGCACAACUUUACAGCUUUCUUCUCUACUUGAAUCGAUGGCUGCAUUAAAUCUGCUGCCAAGGUAUUUGAAGUCUUCGGCUUGCCGUUGACAGUUUUUUCAGUCAUUCUUUGCUCUCUAUUUUAUUUUGUUAGUAAAUAUUUUUUUGUUGUUUUGUUUUACGCGUAAUAACGCAAUUUAUUACGCCAACGAUACUAUGAUGUACUUUAAGUAUUAGAAAAAAGGCAAAUAUGCACGCAACCCAAACCAAAUAAUAUUACAAUAAUAAUACAGAGCUCGUGUACUAUAUAAACUUAUUAUGCGCCUAGUUGUAAGUUCCUGUUUGAAAUAAAUGUUGAAACGAAUC